UCACAGCAAGCUGGCUCAGCGAAAAGAAGCUUGACGUACAUUUACUGAAACCUUACGUAAAAUUUUCGAUCUCGAGUUAUUUUUUCACCAAAAUCAUGAGUGCUGAAUUUUCGAAAAUUGCUGUGGCCAUCGCGUUGCCCCAGGCUGGCGCCCUGGUCAACACGUACCUGAUUCUGCCGGAGGUUCGCGGCUGGUACCAGAGAUUAGUUUGCAAGCUAUUUCUACCAAUGGACUUUGCGUUUCCGCUGGCUUGGUCCACCCUGCACGCCGGAGCAGGUUACGCGUCCUACUUGGUGUGGAAGGACGGUGGAGGCUUCAGCGGAUCCGCCAAAGGACCCCUGAUCCUGUACGGAACCCAGUUGACCUUGAAUUGGGCUUGGACGCUAAUCUUUUUCAAGCUGCGCUCAUUCAAAUGGAGCUUUGUGGAAUCUCUUGCCGCGGUCGUUGCAACUGGUGCCACCGGAUUUGCAUUUAGCAAAGUGAACAAGAUGGCCGGCUAUUUGUUCAUUCCGUAUUUUGCGGGCUGCCUUUAUUUUUCAAUGCUGAACUUUGACUUUUACCAUACAAAACAGGAGAGAAACUUGUUCGGACAAGCAACUGUAGAAGAAAUCAAAGAAGAAUAAAAAU